AUGGCACAACCUGGGGGGCUCUGCCUGCUGGCCCUGCUGGGGCUGGGGUUUGGGGCGGGGGGCUCACCAGCCUGCCACGACCCCCGGGGCCAGCCCCGUCGCUGCAUGCCCGUUUUUGAGAACGCCGCCUUCGGCCGUGCCGCCCGGGCCACCAACACGUGCGGCUCGCCCCCCGAGGACUACUGCCUGCAGAUGGGCGCCCGCGACGCCAGCCAGCUCUGCCAGCGCUGCGACGCCGCCGACCCCCGGCUGCACCACAACGCCUCCCUCCUCACCGACUUCCACAGCCAGGAGGAGAGCACCUGGUGGCAGAGCCAGUCCAUGGCCUUCGGCAUCCAGCACCCCAACUCCGUCAACAUCACGCUCCACCUGGGCAAGGCUUACGAGAUCACCUACGUGCGGCUCAAGUUCCACACCAGCCGCCCCGAGAGCUUCGCCAUCUACAAGCGCAGCCGCGCCGACGGGCCCUGGGUGCCCUUCCAGUACUACAGCGCGUCCUGCCACAAGACCUACGGCAAGCAGCCCAGGCACUACCUGAGGCCGGGCGAGGACGAGCAGGUGGCCUUCUGCACCGACGAAUUCAGCGACAUCUCCCCCCUGAGCGGGGGCAACGUGGCCUUCUCCACCCUCGAGGGCCGGCCCAGUGCCUACAGUUUUGACGGGAGCCCCGCGCUGCAGGAGUGGGUGACCGUCACCGACCUGCUCAUCUCCCUGAACCGCCUCAAUACUUUUGGGGACGACAUCUUCAAGGACCCCAAGGUGCUGCAGUCGUACUACUACGCCAUCUCCGACUUCUCUGUCGGCGGCAGGUGCAAAUGCAACGGCCACGCCAGCGAAUGCGUGCCGGACGAGACAGGACGGCUGGCGUGCGUGUGCCAGCACAACACGGCCGGCACCGACUGCGAGCGCUGCCAGCCCUUCUACCAGGACCGGCCCUGGGCUCGCGGCACCGCCGAGGCUGCCAACGAGUGUCUCCCCUGCAACUGCAGCGGUCGCUCGGAGGAGUGCUUCUACGACCCGGAGCUGUACCGCCGCAGCGGGCACGGGGGCCACUGCCGCCACUGCCGCGACAACACGGCCGGGCCCCACUGCGAGCGCUGCCGGCAGAACCACUACCGCUGGGAGCCUCGGGCCGCCUGCCAGCCCUGCCACUGCCACCCUGCAGGCUCCCUGCGGCCCCAAUGUGACAGCUCGGGGACCUGCGCCUGCAAAGCCAACGUGACGGGCUGGAAGUGCGAGCGCUGCAAGGACGGCUAUCACAGCCUGAGCGAAGGCGGCUGCAGACCCUGCGCCUGCGACCCCGCCGGCAGCGUGGGCACCUGCGACCCCAACACGGGACACUGCGCCUGCAAGGAGAGGGUGGAGGGGCACCUGUGCAACAGGUGCCAGCCUGGAUGGUUUAACCUGCAGCCCCACAACCCCGCCGGCUGCACCAGCUGCUUCUGCUAUGGCCACUCCGCUGUCUGCACAGCAGCGACCGGCUACGAGGUGAUCCACGUGCGCUCCGACUUCAGCCGAGGGCUGGAGGGCUGGGCUGCAGCUGCGGUGGGUGCCGUGGCCGUGCCUCUGCACUGGGCUGAUGGGGAGGCGAGCAUCAAGUGGGACGGAGAGGAGCCGAUGGAUUUUCUUGCACCAGAGAAGUUUCUGCAGAACCAGCAUCUCAGUUACGGGCAGCCCCUGACCCUGCUGCUGGGAGCAGAGGGGAACGGGACCGGGACAGAGAGCAGGGUGCCCCUGCUCCGCGCCCAGCUGGUGCUGGAGGGCGAGGGGAUGGAGGUCACCAUGUCCAGCAGCAAGAGCCAGCCACGGGACGGAAAGCAGGCUGUCACCUUCAGGCUGCACGAGGCCGAGGAGGGCACGGAGCCUUCGCUGUCGGCCUUCAGCUUCCAGCGCCUGCUCUCCAACCUGAGCGCCCUCCGCCUCCGCGUGAGCCAUGGCCCCGGGCCAGGCAGGCUGGUGCUGAGUGAGGUCUGGCUCACGUCGGCUCGCCUCGGGUCGGGUGUGCAGGCGGGCUGGGUGGAGGAGUGCGCGUGUCCCCCGGGCUACACCGGUCAGUUCUGCCAGUCCUGCGCUCCCGGCUUCAAGCGGGACGUCCCCUUCGGUGGCCCCUUCGUCGCCUGCGUGCCCUGCGCCUGCAACCAGCACGGGGACUGCGAGCCCCGCUCAGGGCAGUGCCGGUGCUUGCACAACACAGAAGGUCCCUCCUGCGAGCGCUGCAGCCCCGGGUUUUAUGGCAACCCCUUCGUGGGGCGCUUCGACGACUGCAAGCCCUGCCCGUGCCCCUACCGCUCGCCCUGCACCGAGGUGCCCGGCAGCAGAGAGGUGGUGUGCACCCACUGCCCCCUGGGGCAGAGAGGGAAACGCUGCGAGCUGUGCGACGACGGUUUUUUCGGGGACCCCCUGGGACAGAGGGGCCCCGUGCGUCCCUGCGCCCCCUGCCAGUGUCACGGGAACGUGGACCUCAACGCCGUGGGGAACUGCGACACCGAGUCCGGCCGGUGCCUGCGCUGCCUGCACAACACGACGGGCGAGCACUGCCAGGAGUGUCGGCCGGGCUUCUACGGGGAUGCGCUGGCCCCCAGCCCCGCCGGGAAGUGUGCGCCUUGCGAUUGCAACCCCGAUGGCUCAGCCCCGGGGCCGGAGGGCUGCGAUCCCAGCACGGGCCAGUGCCGCUGCCUCCCGCACGUGACGGGCAGGACCUGCGGGCUCUGCCAGCCCGGCUACUACGGGCUGCUGCCCACCGUGGGCUGCAAGAGCUGCGAGUGCCACCCGGCGGGGUCGCGGGACAGCGGGUGCCACGCGCUGACGGGGCAGUGCUCCUGCCAGCUGGGCGUCGCGGGGCUGCGCUGCGACAGAUGCGACCACGGCUUCUUUGGAUUCUCUGCUAAGGGCUGUCGAGCCUGCAACUGCUCCCCGCUGGGCGCCGUCACGCCGCAGUGCCACGAGAACAGCACCUGCGUCUGCCGCCCCGGCUUCGUGGGCUACAAGUGCGACCAGUGCCAGGCCAACUUCUUCCCCGACCCUCCGAGCUCCGGCUGCCAGCCGUGCCCCUCUUGCUACGGGCUGGUGAAGGACGGGGCUGACCGGCUGAAGGCGAAGCUGCAGGAGAUGGAGGAACGGCUGCAGACCCCAGGCUGUGACGUCCACCCGGGGCAGUCCCUGGUGCUGGGAGAUGCGCCCCGGGGAGACGGGCUGCCCGGCAGGCACCUCCUGCAAGGUGCCCGGGCUGUGCUCUCCGUGCAGGUGGGGCGGCUGGCGGGGGUGCUGAGCGCCGCGCAGGGCCGUCUCAGCAACGCCAGCCAGGCCAGCGGCUGCUCCGACCACGGACACCCCAAGACGUGCGUCCUGCUGUCGGAGAUCGGGGCCGUGCUGCAGUCGGCGCAGCGGGAGGUGCUGCACGCCGCCGACACCCUGGCUGCCACGGAGAUUCCUCAGGAAAUCCCCCCGCAGCCCACCAACUGGAGCCGCGUGGCGCUGGAUGCGCGGGUGUUGGCUGAGAGGCACGGGGACGCUGUGGCGCAGGUGGAGGCGAUGGUCAGGAGAGCGCUAAAUGUGUCCAAAGCCAGCCACGAGCUCCUGCAGAGCCUGCUGGAGGGGAGAGCAGCAUGGGAGGCACAGCGCGAGCUGGAGGCCGGGUACGAGGAAAUCCAGCAGGCGCAGGAGGAGCUGGGCGCUGGCAUGCUGGAGGUGGCAGCGGAGGCCAGGAGGGCUCUUGCCACCAUCCAGCAGGCAAACGCAGACGUGGCUGAGAAGCUCCUGCAGGUGGCUGCUCCAGGGCAGCAGGCACUGCUGGCACAGGCUGGAGCCCUGGUGCAGGACCUGGGGGCACUGGAGCGGGCGGUGGGCACGCAGGAGCUGUCGGCGCAGCAAGCCAUCGCGGCAUCCCGCACCCUGGCAGCUGGGCUGCGCCGGGACCUGCAGGGGACUCGCAGCUUCACGCAGCUGCAGGACCGAGCUGGCACUGCCCGCAGCCUGGCCACCUCGGCAGUCUCACGAGGAAAAGCUGCCCUCUCCGGCACGGAGUCCGUCCUGGCCAGCUUGGAAGGCAUGAGGAAGGUGCUGGGGCAUCGGAAGGGCCAGGCUGCCCUGAGCAGGAGGAUGGCGCUUGUGCGGGACAGGACGAUGGUGGAGGCCCAGAAGAAGAUCAAACAGGCAGAGAAAAUGCUGGGAAACUCCUUGUCUGUCUCCACCACAGCCAGGAGGACAGCUGGGGAGGCCGAGCAAGUCGCUGGGGAGAGCGCUAAGAGGGCAAGGGCUGUGCUGCAGGGCAGCAAGCAGGCUCACAAGCAUGCUGUGCAGCUUGCCACACGUGUCAACAAGACCCAGCAGGAGCUCGUCCGGCAGGAGCGUGUGGCUGAGGAGCUCAGGGGGGGCCUGGAGGAAGCAGAGCAGGUGGGGACAGAGGUGAGUGAGAUGGCAAAAAGCCUCCAGGAAGCCCGGGGCUCGCUGAUGGCGGACAUCAAGACCCUGAAGGACCUGCUGAGCAGCCUUGGCAACCUGGAGCAGGGCACGCAGGUGGAGGCAGCGCUGGGAGCAGGGAGGCUGCAGCUGGAGCGGCUGCGGCUGCGCCUGGCUGCGCCGGGAGCCCUGGCCAAGCGGCUCAGCCAGCUGCAGCAGGAGGCAGCACAGCAGCAGGAGAAGAUCCAGGCGGUCGAGAGCGACUUGGCCGAGAUCCGGGCUGACAAGAGGAACCUGGAGGACAUUUUGCGGAGCCUCCCCGAGGGCUGCUCAGAGUGGCAGUGA